UAUCUGUGAUCAGACUGUUAACUUUUCUUUCAUAUCUGGCCAUGGAUCAUCCUCGAAAAACUUGGUCAAGAAACCUUGCAUCUCUGUCCUUCCAUGGAACAUGACACUAUUCUUAGAGCAUGAAAUUUUCAAUAUGCCAAAGAGUUCGGGAUGGACCUUUGAUUUCGUAUCCUUAAUAAGCGUUGAUUCAUACCCUCCACUUUUUUUUUCAUUACUUUUUUGUCCCUUGAUGUGCCUUUUUAACAUUCGCGAAACAAAGGUGAAAAACAACAGACAAUUUUCUGAGUUCGUUUUCUAUCUCAAUCUUCAGAGAUAGAGAUCUGAACUCGGGUUGUCUGUCAUUGAACCAUAAUCUCUAGAAAACCUUUUUUUUUUCUUGCAGUUGGUCAGAUUUUCCGCUGUCAUUGCUUUUGGAUUCAUAGUAUAGAAGAGGAAAAUGGCAUUCAGUGGGACAACAGAGAAAUGCAAGGCUUGUGAUAAGACUGUUCAUUUUAUUGAUUUAUUAUCAGCUGAUGGAAUUUCUUAUCACAAGACUUGCUUCAAAUGCAGCCAUUGCAAUGGACUUUUGGUGAUGAGCAGCUAUUGCUCAAUGGAAGGAGUCCUAUAUUGCAAGCCUCAUUUUGAGCAACUGUUCAAGGAGACCGGCUGUUACGCAAAGAAAUUACAAAGUAAGAUCCCCUUCUUUUCCAAACCAAUUCUCUUCACCCCAUCGAGCUCGCAGGCAAGGGCUCCGAGCAGAGUUGCAUCCUUCUUCUCUGGCACACAAGAUAAAUGUGGAGUCUGUGGCAAAACUGCGUACCCGUUAGAGAAGGUGACUGUGGAGGGAGAAAACUACCAUAAAUCCUGCUUCAGGUGUUCUCAUGGGGGUUGCUUCCUUACACCAUCGUCAUAUGCUGCACUGGAUGGCAUCCUCUACUGCAAGCCCCACUUUGCUCAGUUGUUCAAGGAGAAGGGCAGCUACAGUCAUCUUACUAAGCAAGCUUCCUUGAAGAAAAAUUCAGCAGGAGCUUUACUGGAAGGAAAAUCUGAGGCUGAAUCCGAACCCGAGUCUGAAUCCGAAUCAAAGCCAGAAGAUGAGCCAAAGCCAGAAGCAGAGGCAGAAGAACAAUCUGAUCAACCUGUUGCACAAGACCAAUAUUAGAAUGCUCACUGAACCUUCAGGGGACAUCGGGCUUUAUCCCAAUUGGGUUUUGGCCUUGUUCUUUUUUCACUCUCGUCUCAUGAAGAAGUUCCAGGGGCUCCAGGGUCUCCCAGUUCUCCCACUUGCAAGCAAAUUCAACCUGUUGAUCCAAAUUAAUGUCAUUCUUAUUGAUAUGGAAAUACUAUGAAAAUGGAAACCAAAAUUGUUUUUGUUUUCCUUCAUUGAAGAAACAUCUUAUUUGCAAGCAAGCCUUAACUGUAAUGGGGACCUACGGGGGGUUUUGUGUAAAUGGUAAUCCUUUCAGAAUUCGGACUCUCACCCAUAUGAAAUGAGAUCAAUUCACUUUUUCGUCACUUGAAA